ACCCUGGCCUUAAACUUGUCAUUACCCACAAUUUUAGGUUCUCAUCUGCCACCACAUAUUUAGCAAAACAUGAGGAUGCACGCCUGGAUCAUCCAUUUUUAUCCUCUUCUUCCUCCACAUGCCUCGAAGUUUAGCCCAUCCCCGAUCGCCGCACCAUCAUGGUCCAAGAAUUCUUGCUCAUAUCGCCGUGCAACGUCUGAAGAGGUGUUCAAUCCGGACGAACAAGAUGCAGCAGAGCCGGCAGGACGUGGACGAGCAUGUCGCCGAGCUCCGCGGCGAGCUGCGCAAGGCGCGCGAGGAGCGAGACCGCGCGUACCGCGUCCUGGAGGUGAGCGAGUGGAAGGCGCUGGCGUCGGCCAACGACCGCACCACCAUAGAGACGCUCGAGGCGGAGCUCGACGCGUCCAGGGAGUCCGAGAAGCGGAUGCUCGAGUCCCUGGCGAUGCAGACGAAGCAGCUCGAGAUGACCAAGAUCGAGCUCGAGGAGGCCAGGCUGGAGAACGCGUCGCUGCGUGAGACCAUCCAGAGGCUCGAGGCCAUAGCGGUGCCCGUCGCGACGACGCCGAGAGGAAGGUACGAUCGCGACUACCAGAGGGUUCACGGCGAGCUGCGGAUGGCGCUGGUGGCGGAGGACAAGAACAAGAAGGCGAUGGAGGAGCUGGUGCUGGCACUCAAGGAGGUGAACGGGGAGCUGCACACGACGCGGCAGCUGCUGGCGCGGUCGCAGCACGAGGCCGAGACGGCGCGGCUGGAGUCGGACCGGCUGCACGUCUCGCUCAAGCGCAAGGACGACAAGCUCCGCGCGCUGUCGGAGGAGGUGGCCAGGCUGCGCGCCGACGCCGAGGAGUCGUUCGCGGCGUGGCGGGGCAAGGAGGCCGGGUUCACGUCGUGCAUGAAGUCCACCGAGUCCGAGCUCGCCGAGACGCGGCGCGAGAACGCGCGCCUCCUGGAGUCGCAGCGGUCCGGGCGGGACGAGAUCGCCAAGCUGCGCGACAUCCUGAGGCAGGCCGUCAAGGACACCAAGGUCGUGAAGGAGGCGCUGGAGGAGGCGAGGGGCGAGAACGCCGCGCUCAAGGAGAUGCUCGGCGACAAGGACACCGCCAUCAAGUGCACCAAGCAGGAGCUCGAGUGCCUCCGGGUGACGGAGGCGGCGGCGCGCGACAGCGUCAAGGAGCUGCAGAGCCUGCUCGUCGCCACGUCGUCGAGCCCCACGGCCGCCGGCAUGAAGCUAUCCGCGUCGCCGAGCCCCACAGCUUCCGGGAUAAAGCUGGACAUGGAGGAUUCCUCGUCGUCGCACGGGUCGAGAGAACUGCACGGGCUGAUCAAGUGCCACUCGGAGGCGAGGGUGAAGCCGCCGGCGGGGCUCACCCUACCGCGGCGGAGGUCGGAUAACUUCGAAGGAUCGGUGUACGACAUAUUCGGGUCGAUGGAAGAUCAGAAGAGCGAGCUAAGCGCGUUCUCGACAAUGCCGAGGUCGUUGCCCGCACGGCGGCGGGUGAUGAUGCGCAAGGUUGGCAGCUUGUUCCGGUUUAAGAGCUUCAGUAUCAAGUAGUAGCUGCUACUGCCGAGAUUCGGGGCCUGUCUUCUCUUCUCACUACCUGUUUGGGCGUGUCAGUUUUGAUUGAUCGGUGCUUUCUGUGUACUACUACUGGGUUUACCUUCCUUUCGCCUGAUCAUAUCAUCAGAUCAUGAGCUGGUAAAGUGUAUACGAGUACAUCAUUUCAUACU